AUGUCGCUGAGCAGCUACGUCGACAAGAAAGUGUGCAUCAUCACUACCGAUGGCCGCUGUCUGGUAGGAUCGCUGUCGUCGUACGACAACACGACCAACUUAGUCUUAUCGAAUACAGUGGAGCGGGGAAUCCGCAGCGCUGACGAGGGCGUGCCAUCCACUGAAACUCCCGUGGGGGUGUAUCUUGUCCGCGGCGAGAACGUGUGUCUGGUCGGGCUCGUCGAUGAGGAGCUAGAUAUGAGCAUCAACUGGACAGAGGUCAAGGGCGCUCCUAUCCGCACGACCAAAAACCCAUAA